CCGCCGCCCUUGAUCCCAUAUCCAUGGACAUGGGCGUGCCACAAGUGCGGAUCUAAGUAUCCCCUAGCUGCCACUCGGCGGUGCCUGGGUUGCAGCCACUAUCUCUGCACACCAACGACACUUGAGAAAUCACAACCAGAAACGCGGCGGCAGAAGCAGAAGGGGAGAGAUUCAUCAUACUGUAGCACCGAGUUUGACUACACUGGCUGGGCGGUCUGGGGCUCAUACCGCCGCUUUAGAGGUUCCGAUGACGGGACGAUCGACCAUGACACCUUUGCAACGUGGGGUUUAGUAAACACGGAAAGCCGCUCGGGUAACGACUGCGAUUCGCGGAGCGCUGCCUGGCAACCACUCUCCAGGGCCACGGUGAAGCAAGUGAGGCGCCGCAAGGAGAAUAUGUACGUCUCGGGGCAGUAUAGCUGCUCGCUCCACUGUGACUUCCCAUCGGAGUGCCUUCAUAGCCUGCACAGAGCCUUCGUCAAGCGC